AGGGUCAGACUGAGGACGGAGCGGGCGGGCGGCCGGGCCCGAGAGGCCGAAGGGCCGGCCGGGAGCGGGGCGGCGCGGGCGGGGGGCCGGGCGUGCCCACGUGACCGCCCCGCCCGCCCGCGGCCCACCGAGCCCCGCCGCCUCCCUCGGGCUGCAGCUCCCGGCGUGCCCCGCACUCGCCGCUGCCCGCCUGUCCGCCUGCCCGCCCCUCCCUCGCCUCCUCCCGGUGCCACAGAGCCGGAGCGCCAGCCGCCGCCGCAGCCACAGCCGCGGGCACUAUGGCUUCUGGAGUUACAGUGAAUGAUGAAGUCAUCAAAGUUUUUAAUGAUAUGAAAGUAAGGAAAUCUUCUACACAAGAGGAGAUCAAAAAAAGAAAGAAAGCAGUUCUCUUCUGUUUAAGUGAUGACAAAAGACAAAUAAUUGUAGAGGAAGCAAAGCAGAUCUUGGUGGGUGACAUUGGUGAUACUGUAGAGGACCCCUACACAUCUUUUGUGAAGUUGCUACCUCUGAAUGAUUGCCGAUAUGCUUUGUACGAUGCCACAUACGAAACAAAAGAGUCUAAGAAAGAAGACCUAGUAUUUAUUUUCUGGGCUCCUGAAAGUGCACCUUUAAAAAGCAAGAUGAUUUAUGCUAGCUCUAAAGAUGCCAUUAAAAAGAAAUUUACAGGUAUUAAACAUGAGUGGCAAGUAAAUGGCUUGGAUGAUAUUAAGGACCGUUCGACACUUGGAGAGAAAUUGGGAGGCAAUGUAGUAGUUUCACUUGAAGGAAAACCGUUAUAAAAUGACAGUCAAGUGCCAUCUGGAUCUUACGGAGCUUCCAUAUAUCCAGCUCAGUCCUUGGAAUAGUAUUAGGUCUUAUUUUUUUGUUUUAUUUUUUGUUUUAUUCCCCUUUCCACUGGGCCCUUCCAACACAAUGAAUGAAGGAGUUAUCAUUCAUUUAAACAGCCUAUCAGUGAUUGCCAUUAGACUUUUUAAAAUGUUACUUUUGUGUAGAACCUAAGGAAUGCCUUCCUAUCAUAUUUUAGCCAAAAGAACUGGUUAUAUGCCUCCCUUGUAGCAAGCACUACAAUGAAUGUGUUUGUCAAUGUGAAUGGCUUAGAAUACUGCUAAGGGUAAGCUAAUUGAAUGCCUUGAAAGUAUUAUCCACUGGUCAGAUGGUAAACUUUUUUCAGUAUUAUUUAAAGUUGCACUUGAUUGCAAUCUGUGAGGCUCAAGCGUUCAUACACCUCACCUGCCUUGGCAAGCCUAUUUUUUGUGACAUGGCAGCACGAAUAUAACACUAUGCAUUAAAAGCACUUUUUUGCAACAAGUUUAAUCUCCCAAAAGGAAUGCCAAUUAAGUUUUGUUAACUGUGUCAUCAAUUUAUCUUAGUACCUCAGUGUUCAUUCCUGUUACCUGCAUAUCUUAAAAGAAAUAGCUGUUAUUAAUGCCUUUUUGUUUUCUGUUGAAUGUACACUACUGAAUAAGUGUAGGAGUUUUAUGUUUACCAUGUGAAUCCUACAACACUAAAGAUAUUUUGAAUAUCAGUCAUGAUGGCAGUUUCUGUAUAAAAGAGCCUUAAAUGGAACAUUGUUUUCAAAUCAAACUCCCUACCCUCACAGAAAUGGCCACGUUGCAAUAAAAAUUGUGGCAUAUUA